AUGACUACUUCAAUUGAUAAACCUUAUGUUCAUGAAGGUGGUAUAAGACCAUAUUUUGAACAACAAAUACAAGAUACGGAAAUAAGAAUACAGCAAACCACACAGAACUUGCGUCGUUUGGAAGCCCAACGUAACAAAUUGAAUAACAAAGUCAGACAAUUAAAGGAUGAAUUAAGAUUAUUACAAGAACCUGGAUCAUAUGUAGGUGAAGUUGUUAAAGUUAUGGGCUUGAAAAAAGUUUUAGUGAAAAUCCAUCCUGAAGGUAAAUUCAUCGUCAAUGUUACCAAAGAUAUCGAUGUCAAGAAAUUGACUCCAUCAAUAAGAGUGUGUUUGAAAGCAGAUUCUCACGAUUUGUACAAAAUAUUACCCAACAAAGUUGAUCCUUUGGUUUCAUUGAUGAUGGUUGAAAAAGUCCCAGACUCAACAUACGAUAUGGUUGGUGGGUUAGAUAAACAAAUUAAAGAAAUCAAAGAAGUUAUUGAAUUACCUGUCAAACAUCCAGAAUUGUUUGAAAGUUUGGGUAUAGCUCAACCAAAAGGUGUUAUAUUGUAUGGACCACCGGGUACAGGUAAGACCUUAUUGGCAAGAGCAGUUGCUCACCAUACCGAAUGUAAAUUCAUUCGUGUUUCUGGUUCAGAAUUAGUGCAAAAGUAUAUUGGGGAAGGGUCUCGUAUGGUUAGGGAGUUGUUCGUGAUGGCAAGAGAACAUGCACCAUCAAUCAUUUUCAUGGAUGAAAUUGAUUCUAUCGGGUCUUCGCGUGUUGAAGGUUCAUCAGGAGGUGAUUCCGAAGUGCAAAGAACAAUGUUGGAAUUGUUAAAUCAAUUGGAUGGGUUUGAAAGUUCAAAAGAUAUCAAAAUCAUUAUGGCCACUAAUCGUUUAGAUAUUUUGGAUCCAGCAUUAUUGAGACCAGGUAGAAUUGAUAGAAAAAUUGAAUUCCCAGCACCAACCGUUGCUGCUAGAACAGAUAUUUUAAAGAUUCAUUCAAGAUCCAUGAAUUUGACAAGAGGUAUUAAUUUGCGUAAAAUUGCUGAGAAAAUGAAUGGAUGCAGUGGUGCUGAUGUGAAAGGGGUUUGUACCGAAGCUGGUAUGUAUGCAUUGAGAGAAAGAAGAAUUCAUGUAACACAAGAAGAUUUCGAAUUGGCAGUUGCAAAAGUCAUGUCUAAGAAUGACGAUGGUGCUGUCUCCUUACAGAAAUUAUUCAAAUAA